AUGAAAGAUACGCAAAUUUUUAAAAAAAUUGCUGUUAAUGUUAAGGUCAACGAAGAGACCCCAAUACUCUUAAAACUUCCUUUAAAUGCAAAGCUUUCUGAUAUACGUUUAAUACUUAAUAAUGAACCCGAAAUCCGGAUGAACAACAAAAUGUCUUUUUUAGGUCAAUCGAAUAAGAUAGAUAAAGACAAAGAGACCGAAUUGCUUUUAUCUGAAAUUCUUAUAAAAAACAAUCUAAACAUUAUCGGUGAAAUAGAGCCUGACUGGAUGACGACGAUGACAGAAAUUUGUGCACUCGGAUAUGGACUUCAUUUUACAGAGAAAGGGCCGUUUCCUGCAAAAGAAAAAGCAUUUAGUAUCAUGCGACUUAUACCGGAAAUCUUACCACAUCCUUUCACCGAUGAAGAAAUAGUGGUAUGUAAAAAUGAAGAGGAAAAUCUAUGUGUAAGAAAUCUUAUAUCCAAUUCAAACAUCACAGAUAAAUCUUCGUCCAUUUUUGAAAACGUACGAUCACAAUAUUCAACAGCUGAAACUUGUAAAGAUGACGAUAUUUAUUCCAAAUUUAAACGACUAAUAGCAACAUUAACAAUAAAAGAAUCUGACAUAAAGCCAACUAAAAAUUUCGAAAAUGCAGUUGAUGAAGCUCUUGCAUCCCAUAAUAAACGUGAAUCUCUUAGAAAAGCUACGGACGAUUUUGGACAAUUUUGGUGCAAAAAAUACGAGAUUGGCGGUGUUAUUUUAUCUAAAAUGAGUAAUUCUUCACCAACUUCUGAAUCUUUCUUUAAAAUUCAUGGUGUUCUGGAAGAAACCUAUCGUACUGAAGGAAUAUCUGAAUGGUUCAAUUCAUUGAAAGAUUAUAAAACUUGGGGGAUAGCUGAAUAUUUGGAUAUAUGCUCGAUAUUUGACAUUUUGGAUAAAGACAGACGGACGAAAAUUUCUCUGGCAAUGGGAAAGACAAUCCAUCACUCUCAAGUCCUUAAAUUUAAUCCUAUCUUCAAUUUGGCUGAUAGAAGACCAGUUCUGGGAUAUAUUGUUGUCGGUAAAUCGCCAUCAAAUCUAUUUGAGCAGAAAUCUGAGCAGCUGACUUUAGAAAGUUCAGAAAUUCCAUUAAUCGUAACAAAAGAUCGAUGUUCAGCCAUUAUUAAGGAACAAACUCGAAAUCCAAGCACAGCUCUUAUAGCCACAUGCGUUACUAAAUCUAAAAAUAGACAAAGUGAUCCAAAAGAUUCGGAGUUUAUAAUAGGCGCCCAUUUUAAUAUCAAAAAUAACACCAUUGAAGCUUGUGUAUUUUGCUAUGAUCGAAAAAUGAAUCCAUACCAUCAGUUCAAUAGUUUAUCAGAUAAUCUUUUUCUCGAUCGCUGUAUUAUAUCCGAACAACAAAAUUUACUUUCCGGACAAGCCCAAAUAAUCGAAAGAGAUUUUACCCGGUUUCUAUUUGCGUCAAAAAAAUCUAAAAUCGCUUUUGACAAUUAUCCACGAAUCAUAUCAACCUCAUAUACAAAUUCAAAUGACGAGUCGGCUCAAGGUUUUCAAAAUCCAGUUUUUUUGAAUUUGAUUACAACGAAUUGUGAGGAGGAAGGCGUGCACGGAUUUUUUAAAAUAUGCGACCUUUAG